AUGGCUAAAAUUAAGGAUUUAAAACCUGCAACUUAUGAGUGGUUGGAGAAAAUUCCUUAUCACCUAUGGUCUAGGCAUGCUUUCCCCAAAGAUUUGAAGAGUGAUCACAUCACAAACAACAUUGCUGAAUCUUUUAAUCAUUGGGUAGGAGAUCUAAGGGGUAAGAAUGUGUUAACAUUGCUGGACAAUAUUCGAUCUAAAUUGAUGACUAGGCUGCUAAAAAGAUUUGAAAAAGGCUGUCUUUUUAAGAAUAAUGUGGUUCCAAAUGUGAAAAACAGACUUAAUGUACUUGCUAAUGAAUGUAGAAAGUGCACUAUACUAAUUGCAAGUGGUAACGAAUUCCAAGUGAAGGAUUGUAAUGUUUCUUACAUUGUGAACAUCAAUAAGAGAACAUGUGAUUGCAAGGUAUGGAGCUUGUCUGGAAUACCAUGCAAGCAUGCAACAAGUGUUCUUAUUAACAAGAGAGCAGAUUUGGAAAGUUAUUGUGCUUUUAGCAACAUAAAAGAAUUUUACAUAAAAGCAUACAAAGAAGUCAUUCAUCCAAUCCCAGAUGUAAAGUUUUGGCCACCUAUUGAAGUGAAUCCUUCAAAAGUACUAACACCAGUACUUAGAAGAAAAGCUGGCAGCACAAGAAAGGCACGGAGAAGGGAGCAAGAAGAAGCACCAACUAUAGGCCAAGGAAAAAGAUCAUCCACGCUGAAGUGUAGUUUGUGUGGCGACCCCACUUUCCCCUAA